AUGGCGACUCCCAACAAUAUUACCGCCACAAACUGCAGCUGGUGGCCCAUUUCAGCGCUGGAGAAUGAUGCAGGCAAAUCCAUGGAGGUUGAGGCGAAUAAGGAUCCGACACACCCUGCCUUCAGGUCCAAGGACAGGCUGGUUCUGUAUCAUUGGACCCAAUCAUUCAGCUCACAGAAGAGACUAGAAGUCCGUCUGGUCAUUGCAGAAAAAGGGUUACCUUGUGAAGAACGAGAUGUGAGCAUGCCCUUGACUGAGCACAAAGAACCUUGGUUUAUGCGCCUCAAUCUUGGGGAAGAGGUACCUGUCAUCAUCCAUGCAGAUAAUAUAAUCAGUGACUACAAUCAAAUAAUUGACUACAUGGAGAAAAACUUCACAGGAGAGCACGUGGUUCAACUAAUUCCUGAGAAUGGAAGCCUCCUUCAUUCACGAGUAAUGCAGUACAGAGAACUCCUAGAUUCCUUGCCCAUGGAUGCCUACACUCAUGGAUGUAUACUUCACCCAGAACUCACCAUGGACUCCAUGAUUCCAAAGUAUGCUACAGCUGAGAUUCGCAGACAUUUAGUUAAUGCCAGCUCAGAUCUGAUGAAGUUGGAUCAUGAUGAUGAUGAUGCACAGCUAACGGAACCAUACCUUUCCAAACAGAAAAAACUUAUGGCCAAAAUUUUGGAGCACGACAAUGUAAACUAUCUGAAGAAAAUCCUGGGAGAUCUGGGAAUGGUGCUAGAUCAAAUUGAAGCUGAACUGGAGAAGAGAAAAAUUGAAUAUCAAGGGCAGAAAUGUGAACUCUGGCUUUGUGGAUGUGCAUUCACCUUGGCUGAUGUUUUGCUGGGAGCCACAUUACACCGCCUCAAGUUCCUAGGACUCUCAAAGAAAUACUGGGAAGAUGGCAGCAGACCCAACCUACUGAACUUCUUUGAAAGGAUACAAAAACGUUUUGCCUUCAGGAAAGUCUUGGGGGACAUCCAUACUACACUCCUCUCAGCAGUGGUACCCAAUGCAUUUAGGCUGGUCAAACGGAAACCUCCGUCCUUUUUUGGGGCCUCCUUCCUCAUGGGAUCUCUAGGGGGGAUGGGAUAUUUUGCUUAUUGGUAUCUAAAGAAAAAAUAUAUCUAGUGCCAGCUGUUUUGAUGUUUAGUUUGAUGUCUCUGUGCUGUGUGAAACUAUGAUGAAUCUUCAGUAACUAUAAGGAAAUUUGAAACCAAUAUGAAUAACUAUACUGUUAAUGUAACAUUCCAUAGUCUAGAAGUAGGAAGC